UUUCAUAGAACAUGAAUUUGUGGGUACAAAGUUCUAGCUAGAUUUUGUUGUCCAUCCAUGGUUGAAAAUUUUGACAAAAAUCACGAAGUGGUAUUUCAAAUAUUGGAAUUCCAAACAUGAAAGAAGGAGCGAAAAAUCAUCGAUUCUUGGCACCAAAAAAAAAAAAAAAGAGAGAGAGAGAGAGAGAAAAGGAUGGGGCCAAUUAUUCCAUUUCAAUAUUUUUAAAAUGGAGGGUAUAUUUCUGGGAAUAGUUUGGGGCUCAUUCAAACCCGAAAAACCGUAAAGAUGAUGAAUCAGAGCAGCAGCUGUGUUAAUGGGGAAGGAGAAGAGGAGGAGGAGAAGAUGGUAGAUAUAACUCUGAAAACCAUAGGCCCUUCUCCUCCCUUUCGUCUCCGCGUGCCCUCUCCCAUCACUGUGCAUGAUUUGAGAAAAUUGGUUGCCAGCAAUGGUCACUUACCGAUUGAGAAUUUGAGGCUUAUUUUGCGAGGGAAUGUAUUGCAUGACACAAAAGAUGGAGAUGAUGUUUCCCUUCAACUCAAUGAUGGAGAUUCCCUGAUUGUAGCUGUCAAACCAAAGCCACCGCCUAAGCAGGUUCGGGAUGGAUUUGAAGAUGAGGAUGAUGACGACAAUCUGAAAUUUCAGCUUCCACAAUCAACAAGUAGGUGGAAGAGGAAGCUUUUCUGUUUUCUACAUGAUAAGCUGAAGCUUCCUGAUAUCAUUUUGAUGGCAAUUUUCUCUCUCAGUUUAAAGAUGUGGGUUCUUAUUGUUACAUGGUUUAUCUUGGCACCUGUUGCCCAUAGAUGGGAUUUGGGACCUCUAUAUAUACUAGGAACAGGCUUUUGCAUCAUUUUUGUGAAUCUGGGACAGCGGAAACAUGGUGACAUCAGUGCAUAUUCGAUCUUCAAUGAAGAUUUCAGAGAACUUCCUGGAACACUUAAUGCAGAUCGUCUUGAUCAAGACAUCAGAGCGGGUCAGUUUUGAGCCUCUUGAUUGUUGAAGUCAUGUUGUAAGAUAACCAGGCGAGGUGCACAGAAAUCUGCCAUACAAAGAUACAAUCUGUUCCUUUAAGCACCAUUUGGCUGCUGAGUAUGUUAUCAGAUUCCUAAUUUCUUUCAUUUUCUAUAGGGUCUUCUCCACCCCACUUGUACAUAUAUUCAGUGAAAUGUUUUGUGUGAAAUAUUGGGUGAAAGGAGAGCUUACUAAUUCAAAUGAAAAUCCAAAAAUCUGGAUGGAGUUUGUUGUGUUGAA